CGUCUGUUGUGGAUCAUGACUGAAGAGGCUUUUGAUGUGAUGGUGGUUGGCUCCUGUAUGACUGACUUGGUGAGGAAUCAGGGAACAGACAGCUCCUCCUGAGGGCACCCACCUGUGGCAUAUCAAACUUGAGGGGAUAGGCAGGACUUUACCCAACCCUGCCAGGCACCAAGGCUACCCAAAGCCGGGGAAACCAUCCAUGGUCACAAGUUCUUCAUUGGCUUUGGAGGGAAAGGGGCCAACCAGUGCAUACAGGCUGCAAGACUGGGGGCCAAAACCGCUAUGGUCUGCAAGGUUGGUAAAGACUUCUUUGGAGACAAUUACAUUCGGAAUUUCAAGGACCACGGUGUACACACAGACUUUGUAGGGCAGACCUCUGACGCAGCCACAGGAGCUGCCUCCAUCAUUGUCAACGAUGCAGGUGAGAAUGCAAUUGUGAUCGUGGCUGGUGCCAACAUGCUGCUGGGCAGUGAGGAGCUGCAGAAAGCUCUUCCAGCCAUCAGUCAUGCAAAAGUUCUGGUGUGCCAGCUAGAGGUCAGCCCGCAGACAUCCUUGCAGGCACUACGCAUGGCUCAGGAGAACAAAGUGAAGACAAUAUUCAACCCAGCGCCGGCCAUUCCUGACUUGGAUAAAGAUUUCUACAGAGCCUCAGAUGUGUUUUGCUGUAAUGAGUCUGAGGCCGAGCUGCUGACUGGUUCCUCAGUGACUGGUGUGGAGGAAGCACAUGGGGCCGGUCAGGAACUGCUGAAGAGAGGCUGUGGGGCGGUCAUCAUCACUCUGGGACCCCAAGGGUGUGUGGUUCUCAAGGCACAGGAGCCCGCAUCAAAUAAACAUGUUCAAACUGCUGCAGUCACUACAGUGGACACUACGGGUGCUGGAGACAGCUUUAUUGGAGCACUGGCAUUUUACAUGGCUCAUUAUCCCACAAUGCCUCUGGAGGAGAUGGCCCGCAGAGCCAAUCAGGUAGCAGGAGUGAGUGUGCAGGCUGUUGGCACGCAGACGUCUUACCCCUUCAAAAAGGACCUGCCAGCUGAAUUGUUCUGAGAGCAGCAAAUCGACAAGUAGACGCCAGUAUUAAUGGACCGAGGCUGGAAUAGUCUUAUUGACCUGUGGACGCAGCUGUCACAUGAAAUGAAAUGAGCAGCUUUUGAGAAAUCCGAGAAUGAACAAUGUUAUGAAACUACUGAUAACAAUUUAACCAAUGUUCUUUUAAUAUAAAGCUGUUCAUGAUUUCAAUUUGACCGUCAAUUUAACAUUUAUUUGAACAGUGCCUAUGUGAUGACAGAUCUACUUGCAGACAAUAUCAAUCAUUUGAACCAGUUUAAUAAUAAUUGACAAACAUCUUAACACUUAGCUUGUACUGCACAUAAUUGACUUCAAUUUAAUUAGCCCAAAUAAAUAAUUUUUCACAAAUGGUUUCAUUACAUGUACCAGGUUUAUUUGUAAAGUUGCAAAACACUUGACUGACUCCAAAUCAAAGACACUGUACAGCCCAAUGAAUAACAUCUAUUUUAGUGUUGUAGUGUCUUGUUUAAAAUGUUGGUAGCAUACACAACUUUGUUGAUGCUCAGCCGUGGGUUUGCAUCCUGCUGAACUGGUGCAGUGGAGAGAGUAGAGGCAUUUUGACAGAUCCCAGAAGAAAUGCUCGGACAACAUGUCAGCCAGCCAAACGGAAAUGUUGACUGACGAAAACAACCUUGUAUAAUCCAUGACAAUAAAAAAAAAAAAAAUAGUCUGUUUAAACCGAGCAGGUUUAAUGUUGUCCAUAUAUUUGUGCGGUGCUGUAUUGUUAAAUUGAUUUGAUCUUCCUCUUCUCAAAGAAUAGGACAUGCUUGUUCACUGUAAAGACAGAAAGCAGAUUUUGAAUAAAAGUGACAGUGUCUGGACGACAUAAAAACAAUGCAAAGACUACGUAUUAUUAUGGAGAAUGGGUAGCCAUUGGGGCUGCACGAAAGGAGGAAAAUAUAUCACUGUGAUUAUUUUUGACUGAUACUGAUCAUUUUUGUAUCAUUAUUCUCAUUUUCAUUGAAAAAUAAUGAAAUUAAAUUGAUUAUAGUGUGAUUUUUGUGAGGAUCUGUACCAAAAGAAAUAUAUAUUCUUUUGUCUGUAUGACACAGUUGGUAGACUGGGAUGUCUCUGCAGCACCACAAUACUUCAUGCAGAAUGGUUGGACACAUAUUUUGCCUUCAACAAAUACUGUAUUGCGGCCCCUCCCCCCUUACGAUUUGUAUAUUGCACUAGUCCGUAUUGCUAUUUCAAUAAAAUAUGAUUAAUGUGCA